AAGAAAGGCACCUCUUCUCUCCAGUACACUCCACAAGUCGCUAAAUUUGGAAAUAAGUUUUUAACUUUUUUAGGAUCAAGACACAGUUUGUGUAGAAACUGUGACCAUGGUGGCUCUGAGGCCGCUUGACUUCUUCCCAAACAAAUUCCCGCGGCAACAUGUCUCCGAAGCAGUAGCAGAAGAAGAGACAGAGAAGCAGAAAACGAAGAAGAAAUUGGCUUCGCCGUCGAGCAACCGAAUCUGGAACGAAGAAGAUGAGCUCAUUGUGCUAAAGGGAUUAGUGGAUUAUAGAGCUAAGGCAGGCUUCCAAGCAAAAAGUUAUUGGGAUGACUUUUAUCAUCGUUUCAUCGGAGACUCCAUUGUUGCUAAAUUCUCCAAGGAACAGCUUUUGGGUAAGAUCAGGAAGAUGAAAAUGAAGUUCUUUGUUCACAUGGAGAAAAACAAUCAAGGGAAAGAGCCGGUCUUUACUAAGCCUAGUGACGCUAAAGCCUUUGAAUAUUCCAAUAUGAUUUGGGGCCUAAAUGAUUAUGAGUUUGUUAAUCAUCAGAACAAGAUUCGUGAGGAGACACCUAAGGAGGACGAGCAAAUGGCUAAUGUUGAACCUUUAAAUGAGAAUGUGGCAGCAAAUGAUGGCAAUGAUGAUGAUGCUGAUGAAUCAUGCGCUGUGCGGGAUGCAUUUGAGGCCACGAUGUCGCAAAGUUUAAGUGAUUAUCAAAAGAAGGUUCACCUUGAGAAGCUGAUGAACGUUGGAUCUGAGAAAAGAAAAGAGUUGAGUGAUGAAUGGAAAGUGUUAUGUGCUGAGGAAGCAAAUUUGAAUAUCAAGAAGUUUAGGUUUUCAGCAAAGCUUGCAGAGGCAGCAAAUGAUAUGUGAGACCGAAUAAAGAAGCCAUUGCAGCAUUUAGGGUAAGUUAUCCUUUUUGAGUUGUCUUAUGAAGAUAGUUCUUAGUAGUCACAUAGCUUUUGGAUAACCUAUGGAUGUAGUUUAUGUUAGCUCACUAGAACUUUUGGUGAUCUAUCGACUAAUUGUUAUAAAGUAAUCAAGUGAUAAAGUGUUUUGUGAUGUCUGAUGAGAGAGAUCACCAAAAGUGUUUUGUGUUCUCUGUGAUCAAAUUCCUCUCAAUUUAUGUAAUCCAAUGUUAUCAUAUAUAAAGUAUCGGUUUAGACAAAUUGCUGCUUGCUUAUGUUUCUGUAUAUAA